AUGAGAAUUUUUGCGGUUCUUGUGUCAGCUGUGGCGGUUGUUCAUUGCGGACCCGUCAGCAUCAUCAGCAGUUACAGGUCAAACGCAAAGGCGGAUAAAGAUGGGAACUUAUUCAAUUCGCAACAUCGCAAAGGUUACAGCGAAUUCGGAGACAAGAACCACGAGCAGGGUGAGCACGCGGGCAGUUUCCUGAACGGACACCUGGAAGACGCAUUCAAAGAAGACUCUGCCGCGCACAAGAAUCACCUCGACGAGGGUCGGUACAACGAAGACCAGUUUGCUAAGAAGGCGAGCGUCGGAAGCAGAGAACACGGCAACAGCGUCGGCCACAGCAGGGGCUUUCACAAGAGCGGCUUCCACAACACCUACCACAAAGACGAGAGCGGCAGCAAUUCCAGCUACUACGACGACAGCGACGACAACGGAGAAGAAGCGGUCUACGAGAACCAGAAGGGGGCAUACGGUGAUUUUCGAGAUUCACACAGAAACGGAGGCGGCUUAGAUAGUGCACGUUACGAUUUGAACAAAGGGACUCACAAAGUUUACAAUAGGGGUGAUAAACGAGGAUUCAACGAUGUCAAUGAAAGGAGAAAUAAUUUAAGGCAUUAUGCAGACCAAAGAGUUGAAGGAGUCAGAGGAAACUUUAGAAAUCGUGACGGUCACGAAGGUAGUUACCAAGAGUACAACCGACCGGCAUACUACGAAGACGACGAAUACUACGACGCACCUGUGAGUCAUGGGGGCAACACGGAAUAUAAAACUAUAACUGUUUUCGAAGAUCCGCGCUACGUUCACCCGAGAUGGAAGCCCAGUCAUUCGGACAGAUGGGAAGAUGAAACCUGGGAUCAACGCGAUGAAUACGAUCAUCCGAGACAUAUCAUCAGGGCAUAUAAUGACUAUGAUUAUGAUUCACCUUAUCGGCGACAAUAUUAUUGAUUCAUUCAAAUUUAAUAUAUAAUGUACGUAUUUAUUGAUGGAGAAAUAAAAAAAAUAUUUAUGUGUCAA